AUGUCAGACUUUGUACUAAGCCCGGAAUCAUACAAUUCUUCCCAUUCAAUACUAUGUGAAUCUUCACAGGAAUCAAAUAUAGAUACGUUACAAGAUACUCUUAACGAAAAGAUAUUCCUUAUUGACACAUACUCUACAAAUAUAUGGUUUAGUAGCCAGAAUGACGAAACAAAAAUACUAAAUAUCAGAGAGAGAAGCAUGAAUUCUAGUAGUACUCUAGCAGGUUGGGAACCUAUCCCUUCAGUCUUAAAUUCGGAAGAUAAGAUUAACAGAAUACUUGAGAUUAGUGACUCAGCAAUUCCAUCAAUGAAACUAGCAGAUAUUAUUAAACAAAAAUUACACCUAUCUGAAUCUAGAUCUAGUUCACAAAGUGAUUAUGGGACUCCAAAGGAUAUAAUUAUAGACGAAGAUGCUAACUUCCUCAGUGAGUUAGUAGAGGAGCUUACAAAAUGUUCUUUCCUUCCAGAAGUCAGUGAAUCCUUAACUCAGGGAGAAAUAGAUGGAAUUAAGGAUAUACUAAGCCAAGAAUAUCCAAUUUAA